CAGGAAUUCAAAGCUCAUGGCUUUUGGUGCAAUGGAGGAUGAGUUGAAUGAGCUUCAUGGCGACGACUGAAAAACCAUGGCAGCGUCUCCACGCCGUCCUAGGCUCUCGCUGCUGGGCUUGUCGGCCAUCAUUUACUACUCGGUUUCUGGUGGCCCUUAUGGUGCUGAGGAUGCAGUCUCCUCUGCUGGGCCGCUGCUGUCACUGGCAGGCUUCUUGGUGAUGCCGCUGGUUUGGUCUUUGCCUGAAGCCCUGAUCACUGCGGAGUUGGCCACCACCUUCCCGAGCAAUGCGGGUUUCGUAGAGUGGGUCACGGCAGCCUUUGGACCUUUCUGGGGCUUUCAGGAAGGUUUUCUCUCCUGGAUCAGCUCUGUCGCGGAUGCGGCGUUGUAUCCCGUGCUCUUCCGUCAGUACUUGGUUCAGCUGUGGCCAAACAUGUCUGGAGGGAUCUCUGGGCAAAUCUUCGUUGCGGCGGUGACGCUUCUCAUGGGCGGCCUUAACUUUGCUGGUUUGAGCAUCGUGGGCUGGGUUGCGUUUCUCCUGGCAGGAUUCGUUCUGUCGCCCUUUGUGUAUAUGGUUGUCGUGGGCGUCCCGCAGAUCUCAAUGACACGUUUGCUCGUCUCUCCGCCAGUCUCUGAAGUGGCAUGGUCCGACUUCCUGAACCUUGGGCGGGUACGUCGGACCGUGGAGUCUUCGGUUCGAGCAGCACGGGCAGCCCUCACGGGGGCGAAUUGCCUCUUUUGGAAUCUCAACUACUGGGAUACAGCAUCCACUCUAGCUGGAGAGGUGCAAGAUGUCAGCACGACUUAUCCCAAAGCCUUGGGUGUGGCCAUGGUGGCUGUGGUCCUCUCCUACUUCUUGCCGCUGCUUGUGGGGCUUGGCAUCUCUGGUGCUACCUCCGAUUGGCGAAACUGGCAAGAUGGAGAGUUUGCGCUGAUGGGCCGAAGGCUUGGAGGCAGUAUCUUGGAGUCUUGGGUGAUCACCGGCGCAGCCGUGAGUUGCCUGGGCCAGCAGCUGUCGGAGAUGGCCGAGGCGGCCUUUCAAUUGCAAGGCAUGGCAGAAGACGGCUGGCUUCCAACGUGUUUUGCACAUCGCUCUCGCUUUGACACCCCGUCUCUUCCGCUUGCUGUCAUCACAGUGUUAGUCCUGGUCCUCAGCGUUUUCUCCAGUUUCAACGCCAUCAUCAACAUGCUGAACUCCGUGUACUGCGUGGCGCAGGUCAUUGAGUUCUCAGCCUUUCUUCAUUUGCGAAGAAAGCACGAUGACUUGGAACGCCCCUUCAGGGUGCCUUGUCGAAGUUUGGCGGCUUGCUGCCUUCUCCUGUUGAUGCCUUUCGCCUUUUGUUUGGUCUUGCUGGUUAUGCCUUUCGUCAGAGGAGAUUGGUUUCAAGUCGCCUCACUGCUGGGCUCCAUCCUGUUGGGUCUUCUUCUCUACCAUCUCUUGGAACUUUCCCGGAGACGAGGAUGGCUGACCUUCUAUAGGUGUCCACCCGGCGGCUUAGAGGACAUCCUCGCCCAGCGGCCGAACGAGUCCCUUUGGGACGAUGCCAAUGACACCCAGGCGCUGCCACUCUCCUGGCGCGCGGAGCUCUCGCAAUCUCUGGGGCGCCUCUAGCUGAGCUCGAAGCCGUCGUUCCGCUUUUGGGGAGUGAACCAAGUAGACUAGAC